AUGAUCAGCAAAUCGAGGGAGGAACUGAGUCGAAGAAAGGAGUAUCUGAAGAAGAAGGAGGAACUGAAGGAGUGUUUGGAUGAAAAUAGGCGGAUUCCACACAAACUGAGAGGAGAAGCACGAGAGAUUCUUGAUGAAAUCAUCUACAACAACGAGGAGGAAGAGAUUCUGAAAUAUCCAAAGACGUUUGUGACGACGUCUCAUAGUCCAUCGACGUCACUAAAGGAGUUCAGCAAGCAUCUUGCACUGAUAUUCAAUGGUAGAUUCGUUCCACGAAGCAGAAUGAACGAAGAGGAGCUCUCUGAAUUCUGUAACCAGAAUGGCGUGACUCAUCUUAUCAUAAUGAACGAAGCAAAGGGGUCUCCCAGCACAAUUUGUUUGUCAAAAUAUCCGUAUGGGAAGACGCACUGGUUUACGGUACAAAAUAUGAAGUUCACAAGGAGGAAGCAGGCACUGAAGGAGAAGGCUGGUUUGGUUUUGGAUGGGUUUGGAAGCAGUUUGGGAGAGAACCUGAAGAAGACUCUUCGUCUGAUGGUUCCAGCCUACAAAAACAUGAAGAAGUUCAAGGAUGGAGACAGGGUGAUUGGAUUCGUAAAUAGAGGAGGUGUGAUUGGAUUCAGACACAGCACAGUUGAGAGAAGAAGACUCGUUACAGACCUGGCUUUCGACAUGAAUUUGUACAAGGUGAGUGCUGGAACAUUUGAGAUGGAAGGAGGCGUGGAGUAUCAGAUGUCAGGAUUCAAGAAUAUUGUGAAAUACGACGUAUUGGCUAAGGAUGAAGAAGAGUAG